CAGAAUUUUCAUGCUAUUCCCUUUUUACCUGCCAGAAAGUUCAGUUUUCUUACAGUUCAAUUGUAAGCUUUAGUGUAGGAAAAGUCAGUAAUAAUUCAAGAUUAUAAUUAUCAAUUGGUAUGUUCAAUAAUGAGUUCCAAAAGGAAGUUUUUUUAGCUGAAUUAAUGACCAAUGGCAUGAUUAAUGCUAAAUGCAUCCAUCAAAAUCAUGUUACUAUCAUACAUGUCAGGAAUUAAACAUGGUUAGGUCAUUAUUUGACAGUUGCUACUGUGUCUGGUAGUUAUUGAUGUUAAUUAAAAGGAUGCUGGCAGGGCUGUCAAGUGAAAAGGUUGUCCCACUUCUUAAAUUAUUGUUAGUAUGUUCCAAAAUGUUUGAUUAAUUCCUGAAGACAGUGAGCACACACGUGGAUUUUUUUUAAAUCUCAAGUAGUGGCAAUGACAAAAACAAAGCACAGUGUAGCACCAGCUUUGAAUCUGAAGGAGUACUUUGACUUAUAGUUCAGAUAGUGAGUUUAUUGUCUUCACUGAAUACUCGUAUAAUCUUAUGUCUGGGUGCUGGGGUUGUAAACUUUAUAUAUUAGGGAUUGUGAUUAUUUUUCUUUACUGUAUAAGGUGUAGGUGUGUUAACCCUGGUAAAAGAGCCUUAUGUGAAGUUUCAUAGAUGCUCUGUCUAGGACUCAUGACACUUGAAAAUGUGUUUGGAUUUUAGCUCUUGGGAUUGCUUUUUGUAGUGGACUUAAAAUGCUUCUGCAAUGCACAUCUAGAAUACUGCAGAAAGAGGUGGUCCUGACUUCCUCUUGCCUGUGGCUGCGCUUUCCUCACUCUUUUCCUUAUGCCAGAUUUUUCUGUUAUUAUUAUUUUCUGCAGAGUUACCACAUUCACAGCUGAUUCUGAAUGCUGGUGUCAGCAUGAGAGAGGAGACAGGUGAAGAGCAGGCAGGCAGAGUGCAGUGUGAGUCAGGUUGCCAUUUUCAGCAUUUAUCCUACACAUCAAUUAAAGUGAACAUGGAACUGCUUCAGGCCCAGGCUCUCCUAGCUGUGUCUUUAUGCUCUCAGCUGUACCCAACUACAUCUGAACUUGUUGAAGUAUGUGGUUCAGACUGAUUGUUUUGAUGAUUUUUACCAACAAACUAGUGUUGCAAACCAGCAUUGCAGGCAGUGUAAGUAAUUAGAGUGAGUGGUCUAUUCUGAGGCUGAACCUUGAACUAAUGUGAAUGUAUCAAUAUAUCUGUAUUUUCUGGUCUUUGUAAUGAUGAGAACCUGUGUCCCACAUGUGAGAAAACAUGCAGUAAAGACUAAGAUGUAAAAAAAAAUCAUAGCUUGUGGCUGAGGCAUGUAUAAACUAAACUGUGCAUGUUAAAGGUGGACAGGCACUGUGCCCUGUGUGAAGGAGUAAUGUUGUUUUUUGAUACUAAUCUUCUAUGUAAUACCUGUAAUGAAUAAAAGAUUAUAACAAUGUGUGUGUACAGGUAUACACAUGAACAUGCACACUAUCAGUUCACAUUUCCACACUGUUCUGCCUGCUUUCUUCACUGCUAUAGGUGAGGUAUUGUAGACUGAGGACUGGUUAUAAGCUCUGUUAGAAGCUGAUCUUGUUGGAGCAUAUUGCCCCCCACAUAUACAGCAGAAGUCUUUAAUUGCUGGACUUGGAGAACUUUACUUCCUCUGAAGUAAAAGUUUUGUUUAGUUGAGAAGCCCUCUGGUAGUCCUAAGCAGGGCUGAAAAACAGUGUAACAGGCUUGGAAAACGUGCUAUGGUGUAUUCAAAGGGGGAGCAAAGCUGACAGCCACGUGGAUACUGUCACAGAAUCAACCUGGCUGCCUUGUGAGAUGGUUCGAAGUCUCCUUAGCUUUGAUAGGCAUUAGAGGAUAGAUGUUAUCUUUGGCAUGUGCUCCUGUAAUCUGUGUGUAUUCAACAGAAUAAUGUCACUUGGUGACUACGCUGUAUAAUGUGUACCUGAUACUGUCUGUAGGGCUUGCAGAUAUAUUUAUAAUGCAAGGGGAAUUAGAGGAGCCACCCACACUACUGAAAUGUUUUCAGGAGAUAAAGGCUGUUAAACUGCUUGAAAAGACCAGUUAGGUCUCUAGAGGGUAAAAAGCCAAUUUUGACCUUACAGAAACUUUACUUGCUGAUCUUACAAAGAAAGUGUUAGCAGAAGAGAGAGAGAAAUCUAUAAUGGAAUGACUUUCUGCCGUACAAAAUAUGCCCAAUAGCAAGGUCUACAGAAGUUGUGUACUUCUGAAAAAGAAAAAGGGAAUAAAGCAUGAUUUCUUCUCUUCACGUUGGGCAGUCCUUUUGUGGAAUCCAGCUCUUCAGAUCCACAUGGUUUAUUAUUGCCUUGCCUAGCAGUGCGACUAUCUCACAGUAUGUGAUCACAUCUGUGACUGAGGGGGAGGGCAAAUACUUUACUGAAUAGAUUGUUAAUAGGGAUAGUAAAUGUUACAUAGUAUAAAUGUUCUACUCUAAAUUGCACUUGUAGGAGUACAAACUAUACCAGUAACAAGCAUUCUUAUUCUGGGCUAAUAACCCUAGUGGUUGGAAAGAUUUUUUUCAGUAAAAUGUUAUUUUUCAGUAGAUGGACUGGCUCUAUCAAUGCAAAAUGACCACCUUGAUUAAACAUGGCUUAUUUUUUUAUCUGAAGGGAAAUACUGCAGUUUGUUUGCUCUUGUUGAGCUAGUAUCUUUAUUUAAAUAUAUUGAUGCUUUUUUGGAAGGUCUAUUUAUCGCACCCAUUACAACCCUUUUGUUUCAUUCAUGUGACUCUCUUUAUUGAAGAGAGUCAUUUGCCUGCCUUUACUGGCAUAGUGACUAGAUGGGUGCAACUAAUAGGGUGAGUGAGGUGUUUCUUCAGAAAAUAUCCUUGUUACUCAAUACAUUAGCCAAAACAAUGCUUGCUUUUGUAUUUAUUCCUGACAGAAGCUGCUGACCAAUGUCAAUAUUGUUCCAUCUAGCAAGUGAGAGAUGGGAGGAAUUUGGUAAUUUGUUUCCAGUGUUCUUUCUCUGUCUCUGCUCUGGCUUUUAGGCUGAAGUUGUUGAUAUGAGGGUAGAACUGAGGCAUGUGAAUUGUCUCCAGUUGGUGAUUCAGGGUGUGUGUGUGGAAUGUUACUCUGACAAAGCCCCUAGAAAAGGGAAAGACUCUGAAGAAACACAUUAUAUUUCUUAUAUUGUACAACAGAUACUAACUGGGAGGUUAUGGAAGUUGUCCUCAAGUUUGAUAAUUUGCUAACUUCAUUCCCAUUUCCGACGUGCCUGUCAUGCUGUCUGCAGAAGUUUACAUGUACUCAUGGCCAGGUAGAGUUGCUGAGAGGCUCCUGGGUAUUGCGAUGAAGGAUGUACUGCUUGGCUAGCUCAGAAUACAAAGUGGGGUGGCUUUCGUGUACUGUGUCAAAGGCAUGACCAGUAAAGCAGUUUCUUUAAACUUGACUUGCAAGUGCAGGAGUGAAGGCAUCAGAGCUGUAAUUUAAAUCACUUCCUCUUUCUUGUAGCAGGCUGCCUUGCAACUAUAGCUUUAUAGCACAGGAUUUAGGCCUUUAGAGUAUCCGUUUUCUGCCACAGUGAGGAUUAGGGUGUGGAGACAUGAACCAUUGCACUAGUCUCAUGAUCUUGUUUCUGUGCUGCGAGAGCACAGGAUGGGAAGAGCUGUCGUGAGCUGGUGAGACCAUCCUCCUGCUGGCGUUCUAUCAGCAUUAUUACUCAAGUGGCUGUGGGUUUUGGGCUUGCUCUUUUCUUGCUUGAUUCUUCUGCUCAAAAAGGUAUCAGCCCUGGGCUCCCUUCAGGUGGAUUCCAUGAGGGCAUGAAUGCACGGCUUUCUCAGCUUGUUUUGCUGUGCUCUUUUCCCACUCGCCCAUCCCCUUUCCUCAGCUGUACGCUCUUGGUUUAUUUUGUCUUGCAGACACAAUUGAAGGAGUUUCCAGGAGGAAUGGGUCUGCAGGAAUUAUUUUUGCUAGCUCAUUUUGUUUUAUGUUCCUAAUGUUAGGGAAUGGAUGACUUAGCUUCUUGUAUUAUUUGGUGUACUGCAUCUUAUAGAACUUGUUUAGAAACUGCUUAUGUAGAACUACUUAGCAUAAGUAACUAAGUUUGCUGUGAACUUUUGAACUUUCUCUGUCCUUAAGAUUUAUUUUGCUCUCCAGCUGCAGGUGCAAAAUAGCAACUGAAGUUCAGGACUUUGAUUGACAUCUAGUCUGGUCUGUAAAAAGACAAACAGUUACCUGCAAAGAUAAGAAGUGACCCAUCUGACAAAAAUGAAGAGAUCCAAUGAAGAACGGGGAGGCCCCAGACUCUAAUUUUACAAUUUGCCUAAGCUGACAUGCAAGGGGUAGAAAACUUAGAUUGCAAGGAUAUUACUGCCCAAGGUUUUCUUUAUUUGAGGUCCCUCUACUGGAAGCACCCAGCUUGGGCUGCUCUAUGCUCUACCUUAUAAAUAAAUUAUUUAUUUAAGAAGAAUUUCUGGAAUCCAUUGCUGAGUCUCUGCUUUGUGACACCUAGGGAAUAGAAACUUCAGAACACUAAAGUUCCAUGUAUACAUACAUGUGUUCCAUGUAUACAUACAAAUCCAUUAAUUCACAAGGUGAAGAGUCAGGGAAAUUAGUCUGGGACUCCACUGGGGUGUUUUUGUAAGGGAAUUUCUUAAUUCCCUUACAAUUUCCAGAGGACAUCAGUAUGAACAGGACAUACCUCUUGUUGUAGAUAAAGCUGUAACUGUUUAUGUCAUCUACAUUGAGUGAUUAAGGUAUAGAAAGGACAUAGUGUGGAACUGCUGGCUGGACUUGGGUUGACUGGAGAUGAAAUUGUGUACCUGCCUUAGUGUUGGAAAUAUUAUGGCAUUGGCAUAUCAUGGAAAGCAUGGACCAGGUACAAGAAACAAAUUCUAUUUCUAUGUUUGUAUGUUGUUUCUUAACUUCCUCUCCUGCUCUGUAGAGCAUGAGCAACUUUUAUCAGCUUAUACUUCAGAGCCUGCUCAUAAUGAGGAACUGCUUUUUUCCCAGCUGGUUUUAGACUUUGCUUGACUUUUGUGGCUGGCUUUUGGCUCUUGUUCUCAUCCAGCUGUGAGGUGUCAUCCCUCUGACUUAUCUCUCGCGGACUGCCUAAUGUUAAAGCAAACCAGAAGCAAGAGGAUGUUAUUUUCAUAGCAGGAGUUUAUUUGCAUCUUAAGUGAUACAAAGUUUUGAUACAGCCACAUUUCUUAAGUAUAGUCUCACUGUAGGUAGCCACAGCAGCAUUCCUCAUAGUUGAAAAUUAAAUACUUGCUUUGGUUAGCCAUCUGCUCAGGGCCAGGACCAGAUAACUCACAGGCCCCAGACAAUGCCAGAUGCUUACAGUGCUGUAUGAGCAGGCAUUUCCAUAAGGGGCCUGCUUGCAUGGGUUCUGGGUUGGGAGGUGUUUUGUUUGCAUUAGGGUAGUGCAUGCUAAUUGUAAUAUAUGGGCAUCAGCCAAGCAUUGUGUUUGCAACCGAGUACAACAUUAGCUGUUCAAAGUGAAUAACAACAUGCAUAUGAAGUAUAAACUAGAGAGCAAUUUUAGACUGUGCCAGACUGAAGAUGAGACAGAAGAGCAAAGGCAGAUGGCAGAAACUGCUGGGGAAAGUGCCAUCACUGAAGGGCUGGCUGUUAUUGCUGUGGGACAUCAAAAGCUGCUUCCAACUGCAUCUUGUGUGUCAUCUGCACAAGCACCAGUCACACAGGUUGCACGGAAGUUUGUUGACAGCAGAGAAGCAACAAGACUCAGGAAGCAUUCAACCUGGUCAGGAGAACUGAAGAGGUGCAGCAUGGCUCACAACUGCCUGCAGUGUAUCAAGUACCUAAUGUUUGUCUUCAACCUUCUCUUCUGGUUUUUUAUCAUGCUGUUAAUUAUAUUUCUGUUGGAGCUCACUGUUGUGAUUCUGUUCUUCGUCUACACUGACAAGAUUGACAAGUAUGCUCAGCGGGAUCUGAAGAAAGGGCUUCAUUUGUAUGGGACAGAUGGAAAUAUUGGCCUAACUAAUGCAUGGAGCAUCAUUCAAACAGAUUUCAGAUGCUGUGGAGUCUCCAACUACACUGACUGGUUUGAAGUAUACAAUACAACCCGGGUUCCAGACUCCUGCUGCUUAGAAUUCAGCGAGAACUGUGGACUGCAUUCCCCAGGGACCUGGUGGAAAGCGCCUUGCUAUGAAACAGUGAAAAUAUGGCUCCAGGAAAACUUACUAGCAGUGGGAAUCUUUGGAUUGUGCACAGCUAUGGUGCAGAUUCUCGGACUCACCUUUGCAAUGACCAUGUAUUGUCAGGUAGUCAAGGCAGACACCUAUUGUGCAUAGAUACCAUUACCAAUCUUUCUGCUCCUCCUCCAAAGGACACAGGAGAAGUCUCCUUCAUGCUCAUUCGUCUGGCCUUCUUUUUUUCACCCCCGCCCCCGGCCUUUGUACUAUAAACUGUGUAUAAUGCUAUCUUUCUGAAGAUUUUGUGAAUCACCCCACUUUACUGAAGGAGGAAGAAAAGAAAAAGCCAGUACUUGAACUGGCAGAGGUAAGAAGCAGCCUUGUCUUUAAACAGAAGAAACCUCCAGAGAGCAAUGGCUCCUUCCAUGGCCUGUGGCAAGGCAGAGGAGGCUGCUUCUGAGGGGCUCAUCUGCAAACCAAUGGUAGGAAAAGAUUGCGCUGAGGCAACCUCUGCAAAACCUGUGAGGUUGCCUUCUCACGUUUCACAGUCUGGAAGAGAGUGAGUAGAAAAUGAGCGUUCCUCAGUGUGGAAAGAAGGUACAGAGCAGCUAGCACUGAAUGUAAUUGUAAUUUUACUACAGUUUGCACACAGCUAAGAUGUCAAGAUCAAGCAGUCCUGCCUCCAAGUGUCUCAAAAUAAUUUUGUAGCCAGGAGAGGAUCAUCUUCAGAAAUGUUAUUUUAAAGGAGUAUUUUUGAUCUGAUGCACUGCAAAGUCAGGCUUUUAAUCAGAAUCUGUACAGUGAGAUCUGGCUGUAAAGAGAAAACAACAUUGGACAUUGUCUCACUUAUUAAUUGCCAGUGGCAUAUAGAUGGUUGACUGUUUAUGUAAUAUAUAGUACAUUCAUAUACACAUACUGUUCUGAAAGGAGGUGAAAAUACCCAGCAUCUAACCUCAGAAAGAGGGAACCUUUCUAUCCCAUUUUACAUUCCAACUGAAAUAACUGAGUAUUAUUUCUUGUAGGAAGCACUAUCACUUAUACCUCUGGGAAACAAGUAGUUACUUUCAGCUGUAUCUUCAUUUCAGUAAACAACUUGUGAGUGGGCUCUCUCUGUCA